CGGGCUACAAGUGGGGCGAGCGGGGCAGGGGCGGAGCUCUGCCCUCGGUCAUGGCGGAGGGCCGGGCUGCGGUGCGGAGCCGCGUACGGGCACUGAAGUCGCGUCUGGGCCGCGCGGAGGAGCCCGCCGAGAUUCUAAAAGCACUUGAGCUACUGCAGGAUUUGGAUGUAUCACUGGAUAUUCUAACGGAAACUGGCAUAGGCAAAACAGUGAACAGCUUUAGGAAACACGCCACUGCUGGAAAUGUAGCUAAAUCCCUGGUAAAGAAAUGGAAGAAGCUCGUUCCUCCAGAAAACAAAAGUGGUCACAGAGAAAGAAAACAAAAUACCGGCAAAGAUGAGAUGAAAUCUUCAGUUUCCAAGGAAGUAAAGCGCAAGGAAGUAAAGCCUUCAGAGAAGUCCAGAACAUCUGUACUGGCCUCCCAAAGUUCCAAUAGCUCGUCCAUAUCUGGAAAGUCAAACAAGAAGCGUAACUGUGUUGAUAAAAAGCACCAAAGUGGAGUCUCUGAGUCUCAAAAAGGCUGUGAUAACGGAAAACGUCAUGCCAGUGGUUCGAAACAUACUUCCCAGGAGACAAGUCCUCAAGCUAAAGAAAGAGAUUGUAAAGAGAAAGCCUCCAAGGACAACAAGAGAGCUCCAGAAAAGCAGUGUUCUUGCAUAGCUGGUAAAGACUCCUUCCACAAGAAGGAGAAGCCUAAGGAUGCUUCCAAACAGAGAGAUCCUGAGAUUGAGACAAAACUGAAAGAAAAGCUUGCUGUGAAAAGGGAAGCUGAACUACCUGGUGAUGAAGAAUUUGAACCUCCUACUAUGUCUUUUGAAUCGUACCUGAAUUAUGAUCAGGUUACAAAAAAGAGAAAGAGGAAAGCUGGUUCUACAGGUAAAUGUCCAGAGAAGCGCAGUGAGCAGAAGAGUAGCUCAUCACCACAGAAGGCUUCAAUGGUUUCUUGUGCAAAUGAGGGAGGAGAAAAAGUACAAAACUCUGAAGAUGAUCAGUCAGAAACUCCCAGCAAAAAGGCUAAGGUGGCAUCCCUCCAAGAUCUUCUUAAUACUCCACUGCCUAAAUUUCUGCCAGACAUCUUAAUUUCCUCUCCCCCAUAUGCUGCUGACUUUAAAGAGCCUGUUGUGGAACCACCCCAGCAAGUCAGUGAGAUAGUUCAGUUCACGGGACGGAGGCUGAACUCCAAGAUGCAAGUCUACUCUGGCUCUAAACUGGUCUGUCAUUCAAAGAUGCUUACACUGUAUGAGCUGUGCAUCCGUGUGCUUCAGAAUAACAUUGAUUUGCUGCAUGAAGUAGGAGGUGUUCCCUUUGAGAUCCUUGAGCCUGUGCUAGCACGUUGCACACCAGAGCAGUUGUUGCAAGUAGAGGAAUGUAAUCCGAGGUUUACAGAAGAGUCUGAUCACUUGUGGAAGCAACACUGCCAGAGGGAUUUUAAAAAUGAGAGCCUCCUGGAAUAUGAGUGCUGGCGGGAAAUGUACUUGAGACUCUUCAAUGAGAGAGAAGAAAAACUGAAGAUGCUUACAAAAAACAUUCGUUCAGCUCAGUCUGAGAAGCCAAAAGGCCGGCAAGUAAAAAUGGCUGAUGUGACCAGUGCAGCAAAACCACCCAGGAACGUUCGCCGACAACAGGGAAUCCAUGGAACUGCCGGAUCUGCCACACAACUUCACCUCACGGAUAAGUGGAAGUUGGUGGAGCCUGCAGGAGAGGAGAUGCUGCUUGCUGAAGCCUGCAGAAGCUGGAGUAUGAGCUGUUUGGGCAGCAACAGAGGAGCAAGCUGCUGCCUGCCUCUGGGAGAAGGAAGCAGUCUCUUCUGCAGAAGGCAAGAAAGCUGCUGAGACAUGUCAGGGAGAUGGUCUCUCUCCUUGAGAUGCUGACCUCUGAGGGGAGGAAGCUGAAGCCUUGUCCUCCCGCUACCCUGCUCCAAAGUUUCUUUCUCCCAAUGAGACACUUUCCCUUCUUAUAGUUCUUUACAUCACAUUACGUUCUCUGCUUUUCUCUCCCACAGAUGUGCUCUAGCCGACUCUCUGCGGAGCACAUCUCCCAUAGUUACCUGUGUUGCUGUGCUUUUCAGUGCUUUCAGACCCUUCAGGCUGGAAGUUAGACAAUUAGUCUGUCUGAAACUUAGAUAAACACUAAAGUGGUGCAUUAAAGUGUGACUUCUCAGAGCAUUAGUAUUGUGCUGGAUUGGGGCUGACAGCUGAAUUCUGGCUUUUGGCAUUUAAAAAAUCAAGGGGAGAAUGAAAUGCUGCAUAGAAGUCCCAGGGGCUUGAGCACAAAGCGGAUUCUGCAGGUUUCCAGAAAGCCUCAGCUUGUUUGUGGUACCAAGAGGUGAAAAAUGCUGACCUCAAGCAGCGUGGCACAUCCCUCUGGUUAAAAUCCUUGGUGCUGUUCUGAAGCUGCAGGGUAAAUGCAGCAGUGACCCCUUCACAUCAAGGAGCUGGGGGCCCUGUGCCAUGAGGUUUUGUUGUUAUCUGGUUGUUCAUCACCCAGGUAAUCAAAUGGGCAGUGUUUCAAAUUCCUGUCUUUAUUAGAGUAUGUGGCAUCACUAGGAGGCUGACAGCCACACUGAAUUUGAUGUAGUACAAAAUGAUCUUGUGCUUUAAGGGGGGGAGGAAUACUUGAGGAGGUGAGGCUUGCCUCUCAGACUUCCUCAUCCACUCUUUGGCCUAAUGAACUGGGGUGAUGUGUGUAGAUCACUCCAAAAGCAAUACCUCCUACUUAUUUCCAUGGAAGGUUCAAUGGAUACAAAGAGCACAGUAACACUGAUGCAGUGUUCUCAAUUCUCAACUACAUUGAGAAUUCUCAAAUUCUCAACUACAAAAUGCUAUUUCUCAACAUAGUCACCACCAAAAAUGCACAGCUAAUGGCAGUGAUGAUCAGCAACGUGAGCCCUGCCUGAGUAGUAAAAAGCACAUCUCUUUGGCCUGCCUAACGAGAGAGGCUUAGGGAAGAGCUUCCUCAACAAAAGCUCAGACUGGUUCUACUGUUGAGUUAUUUGAUCACUCAGUGUUAUCAAAACGUUCAGUGCUCUAAUGACAGUGUGUCUUGAUGAUAAUCUGUAUUUAUGGUUUGGUGGAAGAACUCGUGCAUCAUGUGUUAAGCAUUUGUCUCAGUUGUUUGAGUAAGACUGAGCUAUAUUUUGCAUUUAAGUAAACAUUGAAAACAGUGUAAUUUUCUCCAAAUUAUGGCACUUAAAGCACGGAGAGAGUUUUCUGAGAAAAAAAUCAAAUCCGUGACAGACUGUGUUUUUGGUGCUGCUGUAGCUGGCACAGUGUGCAGCAUUCCUCAUGGUUCCUCUUACAACCCACCGAGAUGCUGAGCUUGCACAGGACAGGGCAACCAUUUCCCCUACCAAUGCUCUCCUGGCUCUGAACAGGAAGCUGCAUUCUUUAUCCAUCAUCUAUUCAUCUAUUGAAUUAAGUUUAAUUAAAAACAAACAAACAAAUAAAAACCCUUUAUUGCAGGGAGGAAUUGCUGUAAUUCUUAGAGCAACAAUUUCUAGCUGACUUGCCCCAAAGGAGAGUGGGUGCUUUUGUUUGGGGGCUGAUCCUGCUUCCAGAUGCCCUGCUGCCCCUUGCCCUCCAUAUUGGGCUGAUUUGUCCUUCCUACUGCCUCAAGUUUUCCUGCUUACCUGAGCUUAGAGGUUGUUUAGUUUUUUUGAAGGCUGUUAUACUCUGAUUUCCUGGCAGCAAGCAUUAUGCCAGGAAGAUGAGCACAUCACCAUGUGAGCAUGGUCCUGAGGAGAGUUAGGAGGAGGUCAGGGCCUUGCAGGCACCUCUGUAACUUCACAAAGCCCAUCUACUGCCUCUCCUUGUCCUUUCUGGGACAGCAGGAUUUGUAUUGUCUCCUUGAGUUUUUCAGCUGAUCUGGGCUCCUGCUUCCUUCUGAAGCUCGGCCCAGUUUGAGUCUGCAGCUCUCUCCAUCAAUUACAAACAUCAUGGUCUGGAUCAUUUCCUCGCAACAACUGCCUUAUGAGCAGGCUGGUAUGCAGCUUGCAAGUUUUUCCUCUAGAUGGAUGCCAAACCACAAGUGUGGGCAACCUUAAAAAUCAGAGCAUCAUCAGGCUAAUCAGAGAUUAAAAAUAACACUCAGUUUUCCUGGACUCUCAUCCAACAUGCUAAUGGAGCUAUUAGUGUUGCCAGCUCUCUUCAUAACACUGAGAUGUUUUACCUCUUUUCUGCCAAAGCCUGCUGUCAUUUCCAGCCUCUCUUGAGGAGCUGAAAUGUGAAUUAAUCCUUGUGGUGUCCUUACCCCUUCCCUUAUCGUUCCACCUAGCUUUGCUGUCUGUCUGCCUCUCCCUUGCAUUAUAACCCUUCGUCCUCCAGCAACAUAAUGCUGUAGAAGGAAAACCUUUACAGGAUACCCUGGUGUAUAUUCCACCUUCCUUAUGUUGUGCAUAAGUUUUUCUUUUAUAGCUCUCAUUUUCAGGGUGUCCCCUUAGUUCCCACACUGAAACCAAUGCUGUUUUGAAUCACGAAUAAUGUUACAAAUGUGUUUGCAGUGGCAUUUCCCUUUUGCAGAGUGCUCCUAGAGGCAGCCUCCCAGUUCAGGGACUCAGCUGCCUACGGCAUAAUGGAUCCCAAAAUAACCAGGAUACUGUCGCUGCGCUCAAAACCAGGGUUUGUUUGCUAUCUCUGAGUGCUUGUUCAUACUUUCUUCAGGCUGCUAAAUAGGUUUUCUUCACACAGUCAACUGGCCAAUUUGACGUUUGGUGUGAAAUAGGUGCUCGUGUUCCCAAGCACAGAUGCCAAUCUCAAACUCAGGCUUAGAAAGUCCAAUUUAGCAUUUGAAAAUGGGACUUUUCCUCUGAAGCAUCCGUGUGUGGGCUGAAGGGGAGCUGGGGCUGUGGGUGAGGCAUGAGGACUGAGCAUUGCCCCCACCCCACGUGCAGCUCUGGUGCCUUUUUAUAGCUUUUUAGAGAAGCUGCUUUGUUUGGGUUGUCCUCUGUGCUGUUUUAUCUAGUGGGGACAAAUUGCUUUAGAGCAGUAUGAGCCAUGCUGAUGGUACAAGACUGAUCACAGACAGCUGCAUGGAGGCCUGGUGACCUCUCCUGGAAGGCUUGUGGCUGUGGCCUGUUCUUCUUCAGGCACAUAGCAGUAUCCAGGAGCACAGGUCUGAGCUCACUUCAGUUGGGCAUCAUAGAAUGGCUUGGGUUGGAACAGACCCCCAAGAAUCGUUAAGUUCCAACCCCUCUGCUACAGGCAGGACCACCAACCUCCAGAAAUGAUGCUCAGAUUCCUCGAAUGCCACGUUUGGCACCCUGCUAUUUGCAGGAAAUGUCAGAUUUCCUUAGGGCUAAUGCGGCAGUUCCCUGGGGCAUGCUGAUCAUGAGCUGCCACUUUCCACUUAGGAAAAUAUGAGCACUGGAGGCUGAAGGAGAGUGACACUGCUUGCCAGACAUGCCGCCGUGUAUUUGUGUUCAGACUGUGAGGCUUACGCUUCUCUUUGCAGGAAGCCCCACCGGCUCUCUGCUUUUCCUCUUAACCUGUCUGAAUGGCAAAUAGCAUUGGAACAUCCCCUGCUUGCGUGAGACAGUGCUUCUGGCAAAGUGGGAGUCAGGAAGUCAGAGAAAGCCGAUGCUGCCAGGCCGUGGGGGUGGUUGUGUUCACUUUAUGGAGACAUCGGUAGGAGUUACCCACAUAAAACCUGCAGAUGACGGAGGGCAAAUGUGAGUGGAGAGGUUGACUCCUAAGCACUGCUGUGGGUGGAUGGGGGACAUGCAGGCCUGGACUCGGAUUGCUAAGCUGAGACACUUUUUUCUCUGCUAAUAUUCAACAUUUGCAAUUUAUUCCGUAGCAUUUACACUGGAACUUGAGAAAUACAGACACAACAACAGCCACUUAGACUGUCAGAUAAAUUGUUGUGCAAUAUUCGUUGCCUGUGAAGUCCAGUAGCUGUACAAAAAAUUCAUUAUCACCAAACUGGAAAAACAAACCUCUGUGAUACACACCUGUUAUUUUUCAGUGUAUAAUGAUAGUUGUAGUCAGACUUCAAAAGUGCGAGCACUCUGGUUAAAGCUAGAUAAAUCACUUCAAAACACAGCAGACAUUGCCUCGCUAUUUUCAGACCCCAGCAAGAACCAGGCAGCAAUUCUCUGCCAUGUAUUUUUUCUCAUUACAGACAGCAGGUUUCCAUCCAGAUCAUGGGCUCAGGGAGAUAAGGAGAAAAUGGUGAUGUUGUAGCAUCUGGUUUGUUGAGAAUUGAUGAUAUGGAUGUAUAUAUUUCUUAAUUUGUGGAAGAUGAAGCAUGGAUACCACAUAAUUUUGUGAAGGCCUUUAACUUUGCCCAGGGAGGUGGUGGAGUCACCGACCCUGGGGGUGUUCAAGAAACGACUGGAUGUUGUGUUGAGGGACACGGUUUAGUGGGAGCUGUUGGUAAUAGGUGAAUGGUUGGACUGGAUGAUCUUUUAGGUCUCUUCCACCCUCGGUGAUUCUAUGAACUAAAAAGAACACUUUCAGUGUCUUACAGAGCAGAGGGAGGAGAAGUAUUUUGGUACAAAUGUGAGUUUAAUGUUAGUGGCAACAAUGCCUAUGCAAGUUUUGUACCAUUGGAAAUAUCAAAACAUGAGUUUGCUGUUGUUUUGCUACUUACAGUUCUUACACAAACAACUUCUUUUUCUUUUCUUUUUUUCCACUUGAAAAAGAGAGAAGGGGAAUAUUUUUGCCUUUAUGCCUCACAGCUGAAAGCAGGCAUCUGAACCCAAAUGAAACACAUGAGAAGGAACUAAUGCGGUUGUUUUGUCGCUUUCAGUCUAUGUACAGUAGGGAUUCAGUCUUUGAUGGACUGGUGAGAGGAGUGGAAGGAUGAAUCGCUUGUCACCAUGUAAUCUGUCAAUGUAUGACUUGUCAACAUAUAAUCUGAGUCAGCCUCCGGAGAAAUAAGUACAUGCUUUGUGGUUGCAUUCAUAAUGAACUCAGUGAAACGCAGAUAUCUUGUACUAAGCCAGAACAAUUUAGCUGCAAGAUUAAGCUAAUUGAAAAGAUCUCUCUAAUUUAGGGAUGAAGUUCUUCCAAGCAAGCAGGGGCUCUGUGUCAAAAACUCAUCGCGGUGCCACUGUAGGAAGCAAAGGGCCUUGAAGCUCCGCUGUUGACAAUAUUCACUUGCUUUGGCAAAUCUACUGCAUUGCAGUACAGGUUGCAACACCUCUCAGAGCUCCAAACUACUUCUCCACACCUGUCCCUGCCUGCUGUCUGUAAUUUAGCUGCUCCUCAUGAGCUCCUUUAUGAAGUUGAUGUAAUUAAAGUUACAUUUGUGGAGGAACAAAGAGGAAAGACAGGCAACUCAGUCUGACUGGGAACCUUGACUUGAGUUUGCUUAGUGCAUAGUUUUAAGCAUCUGCUCCCAAACUAACGUUAACUUUACCAAUAAGUAAAAUCAGAUAAGUGUCUGUGUAUGGCACUAAUGGUCCAGAAAAGCUGUGACAUACCAGAGUGACAGAGACCCCAACAAUAAUGGGGGAAAAAGUAACCUGAAUUUCUCACUUGUGCUCUUCAAUUCCAUGUUGCAAAGUGAAGGAUGGCAGGAGUUUAUAUGCUGUUAGCCAAAAGGCAUGGCUGCCCCAGAUAGUGCAUUGUAAUACAGGAACUUUUUACUUUAAGCAUACAGAAAUCCAUGAUGGGAUUUAUUUCCUGCUCUUCCUAAGCUCCCACCGAGAGAAGAAAAAUGUGCUGUAAUCCUGGAAGAGUCAGUCUUGAAAACUACAACUCUCCAUCAAAUACAGUAAUGGGAACGCUUGCCAUGCUCUCUGCUCACUGUUUUUUCCCCUGAGCUCUAAAUAUAGUUCCCAAAUGUGAAAGCUGUAAAUUCUUACAGUCUCAUGGCAGUGUGAGCUCAUCACAACUGGCAUUGCCAGAGCUUCUCUCCUCUCUUGCCUUAUGUUCCUGGACCCUUCAUUGCACCAAGUUGAGUUUUUUUCCUGAUUUAACAGCAAGACACAUUCAUAAAAAUAGGUUCCCAAACUGCUGAGCAAACAUUUCCACCUCCUUCCUGGAAUAAGAUCUUGUGCUCUUGUAGUAAAGGGUUCAUUGGUUGGAGGGUCAAUGUCAAAAUAAUAGUAAUAAUUAAAAAAAAAAGAUAAAUCU